GUGACCUGUGGAUUCCUUUACAGAACCACCAGUAUAGACCGCUCUGUUCUUCCGCUGUGUAUCAUUAACCAUAAUGCUCAAAGCUGUAAAUCUAUGGACAACGUAGAAAACAAUACCGACAAGCCAGAAAACCUCAAUUUCCUUACUAUCAGUCCAGUGGACAUUCUAAGUAAAGGAAAUGGUAUUAUAUUUGUUGAGACUACAGACAGGAUGAAGCCACCAUCUUUGGUUUUAUGUGCUAUUGAGUCAGCGGCUCGUGUGUACAAGGACCGACCUGUGGUUUUCUUCAUGAAAGGGUUAUCACGCAUAAACCUGGUAAAUGAUGAGCUCGAAGUGCAAAAGAGUUUUCCCACCCUCUCAUAUUUGGAUAACAUCUACUUUCUACCUCUGAGGAUGGAAGAGGUUUUCAGGGGCACGCCGCUCUUGCCUUGGUAUAUGAAGAUCAAUCCUAAAAAAGAAAAACACUGGACACAUGUCAGUUCAGAUGGGUGCAGAUUAGCCCUAAUUUGGAAACAUGGGGGCAUUUAUAUGGACACUGACAUCAUAUCUCUGCGGCCCAUCCCAGAUGUAAACUUCUUGGCAGCCCAAUCUUCGCAGUUUUCUAGUAACGGUAUUUUUGGUCUGUUUCCCCAUCACAACUUUUCAUGGAGGAGCAUGGAAAACUUUGUCCAAAAUUAUAAUGGAACAAUAUGGGGGCAUCAAGGGCCGCAACUUUUUACACGAGUCCUAGGCCAGGACUGUGUUAUCCCUCCAUUUAAGUCUACAGAGGAUGUUGUAUGUGGAAACAUUUCUUUCUUGAAUCCUCAGCGCUUUUAUCCCAUCCCUUACCCAGAGUGGAGGAAAUACUAUGAAGAAUGGAAAGAUUAUCCAACGUUCAAUGAUUCUUAUGCCUUGCAUCUCUGGAAUUAUAUGAAUCAAGAACAGAGAACUAUUAUUCCUGGAAGUAACACUCUCAUAGAUCAUCUCUACAAACAGUAUUGCCCUUCCACUUAUGGAGCAUUACAAAGGAACAAGAGCAUUCACCUUUAAAUUCUUUAAUGGCAUUACAUAAAUGACACAGAUCAUUGCACGAAAACCGAAAAAUUAGCCCUUGUUAAAGGAAAACUAUACCCCCCAAACAAUCUCUAUAAAAAUAUAUUGCAUAAACCAGCUCAUAUUUUAAACC